AUUUCUUAUAAUCCCAUAACGCUUAAUUGGUGCAACUGAGACUAAGAACUGCUUGAAAAGCACAAAUAAAUACGUUGUGACUUAAAUAUUAAACGCACAGAUUCCUAAAAUGGCUCAAAAAAAUAAGCCGUCCUUCACCAUGCCACGGAAACAAGAGCUGCAUGUCAGUUUUCCGCGCAUCAUGUCAGAAGUUCGUCAAUGCGAGGAUGCGAGGCUGAUGAAUUCUUCGCACGACUACGAUACAUUAUUUUUGCCGCACUGGAUGCAUAAGCAGUUCAUCGAAAAUGGGGCAGCCCCGGAUCAAGCGUUCUGGAACCAGAGCAUAAGGAGAGACAGCAGAAAUAAUAUAAAUAGAAAAACAUCCCCUUCAAAGAAACCGUAUUUGCUGCUACUGCCAAGUAGUAGUGAGGCAACACAGGAGGAUCAAACAGCGAAAGAACCACAUGAACCACUGAUGGGCUUGCAUAAUAAGUACUUUCCAAGCAAUCCAUUUCUCAACUGGUCGAAGCUGCAUUCCAAAGCUGCGCAAAUGCACGCCAAGACCCGGGAGCUGGUGCCAUAUCAACAGGCGACGGUGGAACUGGCACAAGCUAUUGGGAUGAUGCAAAACAUUACGGUGCAUGACUUUGAGACAAUCUGGCAGCCAGUGAAAUUUAGCUCCAAGAUUUCCAUAGCCAAACACAUGUCCAGCGUAGAGGGCCGGCGCUUAGAACCCACAGAGCUACUCAUGAUUGCCAUCCGCAACUUUUGGUUCGACAAUUUGGAAUUGAAAGUCGGAAGCGAGUUUAUGCAUGUUGAUCGGUAUCUAUUCUGCCAUUACAUGAAAGCUUUUCACGACUACAGCAAUUGCUUUCUUGAGCUUCCCAGCCACAAGGUCUCAAUAAAUCUGAUGGUGAGGCUGUACAAUUGGAUCAUUAAGGACCACAAUGAGCUGGCACUGGGCAGUAACUUUCUGCUCAUGUAUAUGAUGGCCAAAUUCCUGGAUGUGCGCUACCUGCUGGAGCAGUACUGGUAUGCAUUUUCGAUUCCUGGCAAGAUGGGCAUUUGGGAGGCAGAGGCAUUCCAUGCGUAUUUGCCGUCACGUCAACUUCAAUGCGGCGAUUUGAUGUCCAUAUUUUUAGCCCGCAUACGCAAGUGCUUCCUGCCACUAGUCAGCUCUUUCGAGUUUCUCAAUCUUAGUGCCAACGAGGUGAUAUAUUUGCUCAAAAUGGAUAUGAUAUGCGUCAACAGCGAAGACGAAAUAUUCUUUGCCGCCAUCCGCUGGCUCGAGCAUGACUGGCAGAACCGAGAGCAGUAUCUUGUUCAAGUUAUGGCCACGUUGCGCUUUCGCAUGCUGUCGCCCUGGCUGCAACGCUCUAUUGCCUAUCAGCCAGAAAACGAACAGAUCCGCAAAGUGGGCUCAAACAAUAUAGUGAAAGCUUUGUUGUGGCAAGCCUGUCUAUUUGGGGAGGCGGCUUGUGCCUUCAAGGAGAAUCAGGACUGCAACGAUAAUGUUAUUGUGGGCAAGUAUAGCCAGAUUAAAGACGUCGAACGGUUUUGGGCCUACUGUCAGGGGGUGCCACAUCACCACGAUAUUAGUUGCCCGCGAUUCAGACAACUCACCUACGGCACAUUCAAGCUUUUCCUAAAUCGCCUGCAGAGUGACGCGCAUAGCUACAUUGACAAACUUAGCAUUGUGCCGUACAAGCAUUGGAACACCUACAAUUGCUGCGAUGACUUUAAAUCCUUUGGCAAUCGCAAAUUACGGGCAAGAUUCGUGUGCUCACCUGUCUACAAAUUCUAAUUCAAGUCACUUGAACUACGUGCAAGUCGGCUGCUAAGAUAGCUAGGCAAUAAGGUUUAUUCUAAGGUUUAUUCUAACAGCGAUGCAUUAUACGCUACAAUAACAUAAAUAGCGUUAAAACUAGAAUAAAGAAUAAAAGCCGGAUUUAAAUGGGCUUGCA